CGUGCGGGAAGAGAGGGCGCGGCUCUGGCUCCGGCCGGAAGCGGGAGGCCGCAGGGGCCGGCCGGCGGGCGUCCCCUUUCCGGCUGGUCCUCAUGGAGGCACUGGGGAAGCUGAAGCAGUUCGAUGCCUACCCCAAGACUCUGGAGGACUUCCGGGUCAAGACCUGCGGGGGCGCCACGGUGACCAUUGUCAGUGGCCUUCUCAUGCUGCUACUGUUCCUGUCCGAGCUACAGUAUUACCUCACCACGGAGGUGCAUCCUGAACUGUACGUGGACAAGUCACGGGGAGAUAAGCUGAAGAUCAACAUCGAUGUAUUUUUUCCACACAUGCCUUGUGCCUAUCUGAGCAUCGAUGCCAUGGAUGUGGCUGGGGAGCAGCAGUUGGAUGUGGAACACAACCUGUUCAAGCAACGGCUAGAUAAGGAUGGCAUUCCCGUGAGCUCAGAGGCAGAGCGACAUGAACUUGGGAAAGUGGAAGUGAAGGUGUUUGACCCAGACUCCCUGGACCCUGAUCGCUGUGAGAGCUGCUAUGGUGCUGAGACAGAAGACAUCAAGUGCUGUAAUACCUGUGAGGAUGUGCGGGAAGCAUACCGCCGUCGAGGCUGGGCCUUCAAGAACCCAGACACUAUUGAGCAGUGCCGGAGAGAAGGCUUCAGUCAGAAGAUGCAGGAGCAGAAGAAUGAAGGCUGCCAAGUGUAUGGCUUCUUGGAAGUCAACAAGGUGGCAGGAAACUUUCACUUUGCCCCUGGGAAGAGCUUCCAGCAGUCUCACGUGCAUGUUCAUGACUUGCAGAGCUUUGGCCUCGACAAUAUCAACAUGACCCACUACAUCCGGCACCUGUCAUUUGGGGAGGACUACCCAGGCAUUGUGAACCCCCUGGACCGUACCAAUGUCACUGCACCCCAAGCCUCCAUGAUGUUCCAGUAUUUUGUGAAGGUGGUACCCACAGUGUACAUGAAGGUAGACGGGGAGGUGCUGCGGACAAAUCAAUUCUCUGUGACCAGACAUGAGAAGGUCGCCAAUGGGCUGAUGGGUGAUCAGGGGCUUCCUGGAGUCUUCGUGCUCUAUGAGCUCUCGCCCAUGAUGGUGAAGCUGACGGAGAAGCACAGGUCCUUCACGCACUUCCUGACAGGCGUGUGUGCUAUCAUCGGGGGCAUGUUCACAGUGGCUGGACUCAUCGAUUCACUCAUCUACCACUCAGCUCGAGCCAUCCAGAAGAAAAUUGAUCUAGGGAAGACAACGUAGUUGUCCCCUUCCCUUCCUACUGUUCUUUGUCUUGUUUCUCUUUGGCCCUGUGGUCAUUUUUUCAAUCCUCUUUCCUCAACCCCCCACCCCUACACAAAAAGUGAUUUGCAGCUCUAGGUUGAUAAACUAUUGAUUGUGAUAAUA